CAAUACACACAUUUUUCAAGUGCAUUUAAAAUGUCUUAUCAUUUGAACAAUAUCGGUGGAUUUAAUUUGAUUAUUUCCAUUAACUUAUUAUCUAUACAACAUAUAAUAAUUCGUGUUUCUCGAGUUUGGACGAACUGGCAACCAAUUUUGACAGUUGAGAUUACUGGAUAAAGAUACUUGAUUAUUGGAUAAAUAUGUUUAUCCCAAUUGACUAUUUUACUAAAAAUUGCCAACCUUUAUUUGCUAAAUGUCUAGGUUAGUAGUUGAUGAAAUACGAUGUUUAUCGUAGAUUCUCAACAAAGAUUCUCUAACAUUCCUUAUGUUUUUUCAAGGAAUCUUGUGUCUCAUCCUAGGGUAUGAAGUCAAAGUUCGCCUCAAUCAUACUUAAGUCAUUUUGAAAAUUUUUAUUUAUAAUCGUUGACGAUAAGUCCAAGUCUGAAAGAAAAUUUUAUUAGCACACGACUUAGGACCUCAAUAGAGCUUGCUCAAUCAACAUGAUAUAGAACAAAUAUUAUUAAUGUGAACUUAGGACACAUUAUAAAAUUAUUGCACAUGCGAUUUCUCUUCAUUUGAAGAGUUUAAGGUAGAACAUGAUGUGAGGAAUAAGAAGUCUUUUUUAAAUAAAUAACUAUAACUACUCGAUCAAGAUUAUACUAUGACAUUUUGCUAAAUAAUACUUAUUUUAUUUUAUAGACAUAUAAUUUACGAAUAAGAGAGUUUUUCAUUGCAACAAAAUAUAAAGUAAUAUAGUUUAUUUUUCAUAGGUAAUUGAAUGUCAAAUGUUUAUUUUCUCUCUUUUCAUAUAAUUUUUUUAAUCGAAAUUUUUUUUAUUGUUUAUGUGUAUGUUUAUCUAAUUUACAUAAAAUAUAACUUAUCAUUCAAUUUUAGUAAAAAUGAGUAAAAAAUUUACUUCAUAAGGUUUAAUCAGAUAUUUUUUAUUUAAACAAAUGUGGUAUAUGUUACUUUCUGUUUUCUUAUUUAUAUUUUUUUUACUAGACAAAAAAUUAUUAUUUAUGUGUGUUUGGUUAAGUUUAUCAACAUGUAAACUACUAUUAAAGAAAAAAAAAGGUUAAAAGAAAUAGAAAUAUUAAAGAAGAGAGAGGUAGCUCCAUAAAUACAUUAAUAACUACUUUGGGUUAAUUGCAUGGUUGGUCACUGACAUUACAAAAAGCGUUCAUGUUUGGUCACUAGAAAAAUUUAAAUCUAACUUUGGUCACUAACUUUACAAAAACGGUUCAUUUAUGGUCACUCUCCGUUAGCUGCCGUCCAACGCCGUUAACGGAGUCCGUUAAGUGAUGACGUGGCUGACGGAUUCGCCUAAUCAGCACCUUUUGACCCCAAAUUUGACUGACCCGACCCGCCACGUCAGUUAAACCCUCCAUCUCAGCAAAACCUAACCAAACCUCUAACCAAAUCAGACCACACCCGACCCGACCCAACCCACCAACAAAAAUGACCCACCCGCCACUAAUCAAAACCUAAUUUCUAAAACCUACAGACAUUCCCCUUCUCCUCUCCAUCCCGCGCCGCCUUCAUCUCUCCCCUGCGAAUCUUCUUCUCCGAUCGUUUCAUCGGCGACGAAGGAGGAAUCGUCAGUUAAAUCCUCUCUCCAACAACGAAUCUCUAAACAGGGGGAGAGGAGUGUGAAAGCUUUAAUUAGGAGAGAGGAGAAGCCGGUGGUUGGUGGUGGGCGGCGACGGAUUUCGAAACGGGGGCAAGGAGCGUAUAAGACGAAGGGGAAGCUGUCAGGAUUGCGUGAGCCGCCAUGGCUGCCGCUGCAGCUGCUUGCAUUUUCUUUUUCUAGAGAGAAGAGAUAGAAUGAUAAUGCGAAUUGCGGUUCUAGUGGCUAACAGAACAGUGAGAGAUGGUAGAAGAUAUAGGAAUAUUUGGCAGGCAGGGGAGGGAGGAAGGAAAGGAAGUUUGCGCUUUGACCCGUAGGUCGAAUCAGAAGACAUAGUCAAGAGACUGGGAAUUGAAGAAGAGGAAGAAGAAAGACAAGUAGGAAACAAACGCGACCCAAUUUUUUUUUGGCUUGCAUUGUCGAUGAACUCGGAGAUCUCCUAUGGAUUCGCUUAAUCCUCCAAUCCUUCGGGUUCUCUCCCGCCCACCUGAUCCUGUCCCUAUCCCGAACCCAAUCUCCGGGAUUUCCCGUGCACCGCCUCCUCAGCCCCUUCCUCCUUCGUCGCCGAUGAAACGAUCGGAGAAGAAGAUUCGUAGGGGAGAGGUGAAGGCGGCGCGGGAUGGAGAGGAGAAGGGGAAUGUCUGUAGGUUUUAGAAAUUAGGUUUUGAUUAGUGGCGGGUGGGUCAUUUUAUUUGGUGGGUUGGGUCGGGUCGGGGAGGUCUGAUUUGGUUAGAGGUUUGGUUAGGUUUUGCUGAGAUGGAGGGUUUAACUGACGUGGCGGGUCGGGUCAGUCAAAUUUGGGGUCAAAAGGUGCUGAUUAGGCGAAUCCGUCAUCCACGUCAUCACUUAACGGACUCCGUUAACGGCGUUGGACGGCAGCUAACGGAGAGUGACCAUAAAUGAACCGUUUUUGUAAAGUUAGUGACCAAAGUUAGAUUUAAAUUUUUCUAGUGACCAAACAUGAACGCUUUUUGUAAUGUCAGUGACCAACCAUGCAAUUAACCCUAACUACUUUUUUUGUUUGUAAAAAAGUUGUCCAACUUGGCAAAUUGUGGACCCUCCAAGUGCUUAUGUGGCAAGAAAUUGCUUUUGAAUUGCCAUAAUAUAUAGUAUAGAUAGAUAGAUAGAUAGAUGAUCGUCAACUUUUUUUUUGGUAAGAGUUCCAUCUUUAUUCAAUCCAAUUUUAAAUUGGGUUGAAUCGUUGCACACCUUCUGGCUUCCACGAUAAAACUUCGCCGAUUACUAUUUUUAUUGUUCGACAUGUUGAACAUACAAAGAAAAGAAAAUUAGAAUUUAUCGAAUUUCUUCAAAUAUAUGAUUUAGGUAUUUAGCCCCUAAAUCACACCUAAAAUUUAAGGGUUAAUACCUUAGUUUGGCACAAACUAUAGACAAACUUUCUACUUUAGCUUGUGGUAUUGAAAAUUGUUAUUCUGGCCUGAACUAUGUAGAUACUUUCUUAUUUGGCCUGGAGGCGGGUUUGACCAUCAAAUUGGAUGGUCAAUCGAGUUGACCAUUAGUCAAGGUCCAACUCACUUGCCACGUUAACUAGCAGGGAAUAAUUUUUUUUAAUUUCUGUAUUUUGUUUACUUUCUAAUAAUAAUAAUAAAAAAAGUAAUUCAAAAAAUAGAACUUUAAAAAAAGUACAAAAAUUCAGGAAAAAAUAAAUUUUUAAAUUAAUUUUCUCGUAUAUUAUUUCAAUUGUUAGAAAGUAAACAAAAUACAGAUAUUCAAUUUUUUUAUCUCCUGCUAGCUGACGUGGCAAGUGAGUUGGACCUUGACUAACGGUCAACUCGGUUGACCGUCUAAUUUGACGGUCAAACCCGCUUACGGGCCAAAUAAGGAAGUAUGCAUAGUUCAGGCAAGAAUAACAAUUUUUUAUAUCACGGGUCAAAGUAGAAAGUUUUUCUAUAGUUCGGGUCAAAUUAAAGUAUUAACCCAGGUCACAAAUCUCAUUUUCCCAAAAUAUGUUAAGCCUGUUGGUAAGGUUGGCCGGUGGGCCUUAUAACUCGUCCCCAAUCCAACUGCAUCCGACUCCACUCCCCGGAUAAGGCUAGGAAUGGCAACAAAACCCGAACUCACGAGUACCCACCUGACUCAACUCGGUCAACGCGGGUAAAAUCCGUGUUGACGGGGUUUGGGCCGGUUUGGGUUUAAACCCGUUCACUAUUCACCGGGUUGGAUUGGGUUUGGGUUUAGGUAAACCUGACCCAUAGGUACCCGCCUACACCAAUAUAGUUAAUUUUCUCGGUAUAUUUAAUAUUCUAAACAACUAAUCUUAUUUAUGUUUGUGGAGACAUGUCUAAUUUUUUUCUUUCAAAUUGUGUAGAAUGAAGUUGAUGUUAUCGA